AUGUUACGAACCCAAGUCGUAAAGCUCGCCAGGGCUUCUGCGGCUUCCUCGAUCCGUCGAUCCUUUUCCAUCACCGCCAUACGAGCUUCUGAGGGAGAUACUGGGGCACCCAGAUAUGGUGGAUCCGCUGCCGGUGAUGCCUUUACCAGACGCGAGCAAGCCAGCGAAACAAAGUUCAUCAGAGAGAAAGAAAUGGAGAGGUGCGUUCCAGUAUUCAUCGUCGAGAAGGAGCGAUUUGAUCCACUGAGGCUAAUCUAUGAGGACUAUUUACACAACAGCUUGAGAAAAUUGAAGGAGAAGCUCGCCCAACAACGGAAACACCUUGAUGAACUGGAUGCGCACAUCCAGGAGCUGGAGAAGGAUGCUGGUGGCGAAGAUCCUCAAUACACCAAGGACAAAUAA